AUGAAGUCCUUAAAAGACGCAUCGACCCACUGGCGGGCGACAUGCAGUUUUGACAAACACGGGAUCAACCAUUACAAAGAUUACGUCCGUGGACGGUUUUCGGAGGCUGAUAUCCUCGAUUUCCUAGGUAAUGGUGUUUGUCUCAAGACCGAGCUUGUGAACAUCCGUGGUCACAUUGGAAUACACAAGACAGCCAGGUUUUGGCAGGUUCCCAACACGUACUUUCUGCACAUCGACAGUUACCAUAAAGGUUGUCAGUUUGAUCCAACUGUCGGUUCUGUGGGAUAUGAAGAUAACUUUGGGUUCUACGGCCGUGUAAAUCUCAAGUUUGCCUGUAGCGUGAAUGAGGACUCUACCACUCAGUGGUGGUUCGGUGGAUAUUAA